AACAGUCAUUAUACACUAUUCUACUGACAAAUUUCAAUUGAUUGCAUCAAGGAUUUGUUACUAUACAAAUCCUUGAUUGCACCAAGUUGAAUUAUACCAAUUAAGAAUAAGAUAACAAACUUUGAACUCUGAAAUAAAUAUUUCACGAGAUGGAAGCAUUAAAAAAUUAUGAUGAUGACAGUGAUGAUAGUUAUUCUGAUGAUUACAAAGAUAAUUUCCAAACUAAAAAUUGUGGGGAAAGGAUAAAAGAUGAUGGCUUAUCCAUUAUAAAAGAUUCAUCAAGGGUAUAUGUACAAAAACUCAAACAUGAUUUCUUUAACUUACAAGAAUCGGAUAGUGACCAUGAACCUGAAACAAAAUCUAAGAUCAGAAAGAAGGAAAAUAUAGAAAUUAUUGUGAGUAGUGGUGACACUAUAACUGUUCCAGAAGGCUGUUUCUGGGAACCUUUACCUACAGAGGUCAAACAGUCAAAUGAUUUUGAUAUAAAUCAGUCUAUAGAAAAAGAAUGCUACAGGGAAUUAGAUUUUAGUCAUACUUAUGAUCAGAUGUCUGCUAGUGAUUAUAGGAAGAGUUACAAAAAUAAAAAAUUAAUUAAGACUGAUUCAAACAAAAUUAAUUGGAACAACUCUGAAAAUUCUAAUACAUCUUCUAGAAGAAAUAAUAUUAAAAAUUUCAAUGAAGCAAAUGAAGUAGAUCAAAAAUUAAAUAAUGAUGAUAAAAAUUGCAACAUUUAUUCUGGUAAAUCUGACAAACCAUCUAUAAAAUUAUUUGAUAUCCAUGGAAAAAUAAAACCAUGGUUACAAAGACAAAACCUUAUUUGUAAAAUUCCAAGGGAAUGUGAAAAAUCUUGGAAAGCUCAUACUGGUUCUGUCAGCACUUUAAAAUGGAAUGUUACAAAAUUCAGCCAUUUAUUGUUGUCUGUUUCUAUGGAUACCACAGUUAAAAUAUGGAAUGUUUGGAACCGACUAGAGCCUUGUGUUCGCUUACUGAACAUACACAGUAAAGGUAUUCAAGAUGGUGAUUGGAAUAAUUCUGGAACACAUAUCUUAACCUGCAGUUAUGACAAGUCAGCUGUUGUAACAGAUAUUGAAACAGGUGUAUCUACUGUGAAAUGUAAGCAUAGGAAUUUUGUAACAUGUGGAAAGUUUCAUCCAGUCAAUGAAAAUAUUUUCCUUACUGGUUCACUUGAUGAACUAACAGCAUGGGAUACCAGACAAGGUGAUGAACCAAUCCAUAGAUAUAGCUACAAAGACAAAAUAGGACAGAUACAAGAUGUUAUCUUCAGUAUUGAUGGAAGUGAGUUUUUUUCUACAGGAGACCUUGUAAGCCGCGAUUCAGCUGACAGAAAUAUCAUGGCUUGGGACUUUGAUUAUGCUGUGGUAAAAUCAAACCAGAUAUAUCAGGAAAGAUACAGUUGUACAUGUCUGAAGAUGCAUCCAACAGAGUUCAACUUCCUAGCUCAGUCACAUGGAAAUUAUAUAGCAUCAUUCUCUGCAUCUAGACCAUACAAGAUGUGUAAAAGUAUAAGAUAUGAAGGACACAAACUUGGAGGAUACAAAGUAGGAUUUGAUAUGUCGCCAGAUGGAAGAUAUAUUGUUAGUGGAGAUUCUGAAGGGAAAUUAUACUGUUACAAUUACAAAAGUGGACAUUUAAUCCAGACUUUACAUACUCAAUUAGAUGUUAACCUUAAUGUAGCUUUUCAUCCAUUAUUACCAUCUACAUUGGCUUGUUGUGGAUGGAAUGGUUUUAUAGAAUUAUGGCAUUAAAAUAUGUUUAGUUA